GAUCAACGUAACCUGGCUUUGCCGAUUUCGCAGGAAAGGACAGCCCGUCUUCCCUACAGAGAAAUUCCACGGCGCAGAUAACGAAAAGGAACCAAUCUCUCCACGCACAUACCUCUAUUGGUAUUAAAAUCCAGUCGAUUUAAAGAUUUCUCUUUAGAAUAAUGGCCACUGAUUUAGAGGCCAAGAUUGAAUUUAAACAAUUGUGCGUUACAUUGGAGGGUAUUGCCAAGGCACGUGAAGCAAAAAAGAAGGAGCAAAUUUUGCAAAAGUUUAUCACCGAGUGUCAAAGUAUCGGCAACAAACUGAAAGUAGAAUAUCCUGAAUCGAACGUAUCGCUCUAUCCCAUACUGAGAUUAAUCUUGCCCCAUCUUGAACGACAGCGUGGACCACAUAAUUUGAAGCAAGCUUCGCUGACGAAGCUUUACGCUAAUGUAUAUGGCUUUGCACGAAAUAGCGACAGUUAUAACAAGUUGGCAAAUUACCGAGAACACACGUCGGGCGAAUUUAUGGGAAAUGAUUUCGCUGAUCGAGCUUACUGCGUAUUGGAUAAAAAGUUGCCUCGGAACAGUAGCGGAUUCACGAUCGCACGGAUCAACACGUUCCUCGAUGGUAUCUCUGGGAAGAGCGUAACGAUGCAACAGAAAGUCGAAACCUUUAGAGUACUUUUUCGACAGAUUACGGGAUUCGAGAUGAAAUGGCUGACGCGUAUCGUCCUUAAAGAUUUACGACUUGGUAUAGGCACGCAAAAAAUACUGCACAUCUAUCAUCCAGAUGCGAAUGACAAAUUCCUCGUGACGAAUGAUCUACGCGACAUUUGUGACCAGUUGUACGAUCCUAAGGUGAAAUUAAAACGCGGCAUACAAUUAUUCUCGCAUUUUAAACCUAUGCUCUUGGAGAGAUGCAACGUCGAGAAUAUCGACAAGUUAUUUCGAGGCAACAACUUGUACUACGUACAAACUAAAUACGACGGCGAGAGGUCGCAACUCCAUAUGAAGGAUGGAAUGUUUAAAUACUUUACGCGUAGAGGGUUCGAUAUUACAAACAAUUCUGGAUACGGAGAAACCGGAUCUUCGGGCUUCUUAACCGCGGUGUUUACGCGGCGUCUUAAUCCGAAUUGUCAUUCCUUUAUACUGGAUGGAGAAUUAAUGGCUUGGCAUAAAGAGAAAAAGAUGUUUAGUACAAAAGGUAUGAAUAUCGAUGUCAAACAUUUGUCGGCGAACAGCCGCCAUCAGCCGUGUUUCGUCGCGUUUGACGUCAUUCUGCACAAUAACGUCUUGCUCGUUGAUACACCUUACGAAGAGAGAUUAAAACUUCUCACCGAAAACCGUAUAUUCACCGAAGAGGAAGGUUCUUUAAUCGUGUCUCGAUCUACUUUAGUUUCAAACAGGGAGGAGUUGCUAGAAGCAUUCAAUACAUGUCUACGUGAUGACGAGGAAGGACUUGUCGUUAAGAAAUGUAACAUGAAAUAUAAACCAAAUAUUCGAGAUGGCGGCGGUGGUUAUAAGAUUAAAGCAGAGUAUUCCGACAAUUUAAUACAAGAUAUAGACCUCAUUAUACUUGGCGGUUAUUACGGGGAGGGUAAAUAUGCAGGAAGAAUCAAGAGUUUUAUGAUGGGCGUUGCCGCGUCGCCAGCGAGCAACGAGGGGGCAAAUCCGUCGCAAUUUCUCGCCAUCUCAUCCGUGAGCAGUGGAAUAGGAGAUGAAAUGUUGCGUCAUCUUGAAACAAAACUUGCACCGUAUUGGAUCAAGGAACAUCCUGAAAAUGUCGAGGGUCCCAAGAGACAUCAGCCGGAUGUAUGGAUUCAUCCAGAGCAUUCCAUCAUUUUAACGAUACGAGCGACCGAAAUGGUACGCAGCAAUGAAUAUCCAACUGGAUACAGUUUACGAUUUCCUAGAGUUACGAAUGCGAGGACGGAUAAGCCAUGGUACAAUCCGUGCACCACUUGCGAACUCUUGUCGUUGGUCAAAGGUGGAAAAAUGAUCCAAAAGUUAACCAAGCGAGAAGCUACUUUAUGCGAUAUCGAUCAAGCGUCAGUCCCUAAAUUACGAAAAACGACAAGUCGAAGGAAAUCGAUGGAACGUGACGUGUACAGCAAGCGAGUGGUGCCACUCACGCGACUAUUGGACGGAAAAGAAAUUUGCGUGAUUAAUGGUACCGAUGAAUCACCGAAAGAGCAGAUUGAACAAAUACUGCAGCAGCAUAGUGCCAAAAUUGUUCAGAAUCCAAUGAAUACAACUUUCUGCGUGAUAGUAGGCAAUGAUAAAACGAUGCGAGGAAAGGAAGUAAUAAACAGUGGACGAUACGAUGUUGUAACUUUGGAUUGGUUUAAACGUCUCGUCAGUCGAUCCGAUUGGGCCACGUUUGACGACUUUUUACCAUGGGAAUUAUUAUGCAGCCGGGAUAUCACUAAUCACAAAGUUGCAGAAAACUAUGAUGAAUAUUACGAUAAUUUCACUGUUGACGCAGACGAGGAAAGUUUGAAGCGUUCAUUCGGCAGGAUCGCGAGAUCGAAUAUCUUCGAGCUCUCUGCGGACAAGCAGUUUACUAUUGAGCAGGAAAGGGAAAUGGACGAGCAAUUGUUCGGGAGUACAUCGCCUUAUUCGCUAUUUAGAGAUAUAAUUGGAUUCUUUGAGAAUCAAUCGUGUUGCGCCAAAUAUAAAUUCCGUUUCAUGUCUGGUACGGUUAAAGACAACAUUGAUGAUUCCGUUACGCAUGCCUUUGUGGAAGACACAAGCGGGACGAGCAUUGUCGUGAAAGCACGUGAGCGGAAACAUAUUCAAAUCGUAAAAUGUAAAUGGAUCGAGAAAUGUUUUCAAAAUGGCCGAUUGUGUGAAAUUACAGAUUACCUAGUUGAUUAUUGAUUAAUAUUAUUGGUGUACAUAAUAUUAUUGCUGUCUGACAAUGAAAUUAAUGUGUAAAAACAAAUAUAGUAAAAGUUUCAUAACGUGAA